AUGAGCUCGUUGCAAGGUUACUAUGGCCUUAAAGCAACAGAAAAAAGGUUGGUGUCCGAAGUUUCUGAAAUGGCAGUAUGCAGGAAAGGAGAAGCUGAUUAUGUGGAUGAUGAUAUCAUGUCUGCCGGAGAAGGCAAAGAUGGCGAGCCUGAGAAAUCCAACGAGAAACUGAUUAGAAGACGGCAGAAACCCGAGGCUGACUUUACUGCCCGCUUUUUGAAGGAGGAAAACGACAACAGUGGUGGUGGAAGGUUCUCAUUAUCGAAACGACUGGCACCUAGACCGAAAGGCGGAAACCGCAUGAGUUCAGGGACAGUGGCAGACAUUGAGGCGGGGAGGUUUGUUAUAGCAUCGAAAAUCGUAGGAGGCAAAUUGGAUGGAUUCGAAGUGAGGAAGUCAUCAAGCACAUCGCGUUUGCAUGAUCAUGAGGAGAAUGGCAGCAGUAGUGGUGGUAGUAGUAGUUUGACAUCACUGUGGCCAGUGUCUGCUCGUAAAAGCAAAACAGCGCUUGAUUAG